GAAAAAAUGAAAUAAUUCUAGAAAAUAAAUAACUGUCAAAAUUGCGUCAAAAAACACUCGUAAAAUAAUCUUCGUUUUAUUCUUCAACUAAAAAUCAUGGUAGAUUAUAGCAAGUGGGCAAAUAUAGAGAUUUCAGACGACGAAGAUGACACUCACCCGAACAUUGACACCCCAUCCCUCUUCAGAUGGAGACACCAAGCGAGGGUUCAACGUAUGGAAGAGCACAAACAGGAAGUGGAACAAUUCGAAAAGCGUAAAGCGGAGCACGAGAAAAAGCUGGCGGAAGCAAGAAGUAAAUUGGCUAAGGCGGAAGGUGCGAAUUUGAGUGAAUUAGAUAAAGUAAUAAAAGAAUUGGAAAAAGAGGGUGAAAGUAUAAAGAAAACGAGUGAUGAAUUAAAGAAAAAGGAGAAAAAACAACCUUGGAAUGUUGAUACGAUUAGUAAACCAGGUUUUGCUAAAACUAUAAUUAAUAAACCAGCCCCAAGACCAAAAGAUGACAAUUUAUCUGAAGAAGAAAGAGAAGCUCGAAUGAAAAACUUCAUUAAAAAUCACGAAUCAGAAUUAAAGAAAUUUGGAAUGUUGCAAAAAUACGAAGAUUCUCGAGCUUACUUAAAAGCUCACGAUUAUUUAGUUUGCGAGGAUACAGCUAAUUAUUUAGUGAUAUGGUGUAUUAAUUUGGAAAUGGAAGAGAAACACAGUCUUAUGGAGCAUGUUGCACAUCAAACAAUUUGCAUGCAAUACAUUCUGGAAUUAUCAAAACAACUCGAUUAUGAUCCAAGGCAAUGUUUAGAUGCUUUUUUUACCAAAAUACAAGUUGUUGAACCUGAAUAUCAAGCCUCCUUUAAUGAUGAAUUGAAACAAUUUAAGGAAAGGAUUCGUAAACGUGCAGCUGAAAAGCUUGAAGAAGCUAUAAAGGAAGCUGAAGAAGAAGAACGUAAACAAAGAUUAGGUCCAGGCGGUUUGGAUCCGCAAGAAGUAUUUGAGAGUUUACCACCGGAGCUUCAAAAAUGUUUUGAAUCUCAAGAUAUUGGGUUAUUACAAGAAACGAUUACUAAAAUGGAUGAAGAAUCGGCUAGAUAUCACAUGAAAAGAUGUGUUGAUAGUGGAUUAUGGUUGCCGGAAGCUAAUAAAGAUGAUAAUAAAGAAAUUAAAAGUGAUGAGAAAAAAGAUUAAUAACAACAUAAUGGGUUAAAAUAAAAACAUCUUUGUCUAGUUAUAAAAUAGUUUUUAGAAAGCUUA